AAAAUGAGGAUUAGGCCAGUCCAAGGACAGAGCGUCUUAAGGCAGCAAAGCAGCUGAAUAAAGAUCUCCAGCUUCGAGCAUGAGACUGCACAACCGCUGAGAGGAUAGACCAUGAAUGAGGUGUCAGUUCUCCACCUGCCUGUGGAGGAGGCAGUGAAUGAGGUAAUUCACAGUCUGGAUGAGAUAGCUCUGAAACACAGUGAAAGUCGUCUGCCUUUCCAGAUUUUCCCAGACCCUUGUGAAGAGGAAGAAGUUCCAGUAAAGAUGAGGGGAAGGUUACCAUCCAUAGUAGUGGAACCAACUGAUUUGAUUGCUGUAGAGAGUGGGGAGUUACGGUGGCCACCAGAUUCUCUUAGAAAGUCAAAAGAAGAAGCUGGACAGGAGGAAGAUUGUGAAGAAAAUGAAGCAGGAGAACAAAUUGAUACAACUAAUGAAGAAGUUGAAAACCCAGAAUCGGAACAAAUGUAAUAUUUACAGAACUGAAGCCAUUCUUCACAAAUCUAUUUUUGAAAUAGCUAUUCUAUUCAUUUUAAAUUUUAUUUAGAUUGAAACAUGCCAUUCGCUAUGACAGUACCACUAUACAGGGCCUCUUGGUUUAUUUUUAUUUUAUGCUUUGUUUUCGUAUUGUACAGCUCUGUGAAAUCUGAUGUCAGAUAGAGGAGAUUAUGCCCUCGCAGGAGGCCAGUGCUUCAAAAUAAACUGUUCCUAUCAUAUAUCCAAAAUGUUACACUCAAUUAACUUUAAAAAUAUACACUUUUUACUGCCUUAAUGCAUUUCCUGCAGAAAACCAAUAUCAGCAUUUAAAUGGUAAAGUGGACAAGGGCAGUCACCUUAAUCAAUUAUGUAUUUUCUGUUUGUAGCACUUUUGCUACUGAGUUUUCAAAAGCAAAUAAAACUGAUACACUAUUUGA